ACCACUGGCAACACCGCUGUCAAUCAUUGCUGCGACCUGAAGUUGGCUUUUCUGAGAAUUUCAAUACUCCCAAAGUUUUCUUUUAAUACAUACAAUACCCGCGUAAAACUGAUUAAAUAUGGAGGGUUUAUACAAAAUAAAUUUAGUACCAAGUGAUCUGAGCAUAGAGGAGACGAUACUGCAGAUAGCAGACACUUUGGAUAAUCUCAACGGCAUUGUUGACGACGUGUUUGAGCGACUGUCGAAUAGAAUCAAGCAGAAUAUGGACAAGACAAACAAGUUAAAUGAGAGAAUUGAGAUCUCUAGAACUAAAGUAGAGAAACUGACCGGCAUGCAGAAAGCUAUUAAGGUGUUCUCCAGCGCCAAGUAUCCGGCUACUAUUACCCAUGAACAUUAUCAGUCGGUAUUCGAUAUCGGCGGAUAUCAACAUAACCCUAAGAAGAUUACCCUGAGCGGAAAAUCUCAGGGGCAGUCCAAUGAAAAGGAAUUACAAGAGAAACUUCACUUCUACCAUGUAAAAGUAGCAGAACCUAAAACUACGAAACCAAAACAAGACUUCAAUUUGAAUGCUGUUAUUGAUAACUUAUCGAGUGUGGGUGACCUCUUGAUCUUCAAUACGGAUGAGAGUCCUUAUCUCGGCACCACUCGGAGGGCAUCAGCGUACGUGCCAGUGGUGACAUCGAAGGUCGAGAACAAGAGCUUACUGGAAGCGGCCCCAAGCUCCAUCGUGAACAGAGAUGUCCUGAAACGUGAUGCCGACGAAUACCUGUACGCCCCCGGUAUAGGCAUGGUGCCAGAACUAGAGAUGCCACUGGACCUACCACAUUUACCAGGCAUAGCGGGUGACGUUCAAUUCUCCAAUACAACAGACGGAUCCAUAGCCCCGUCGGUAGUGACGUCACCAGUGGUACCGACCAUGUCUGUUCCUGAGGUGGAACUCCCGGAUUUAAAGGAACUGCCGGAUGUGAAGGGACUGCCAGAUGUGAAGGAGGAGAUUACAAGUGUGCCUGAGGCAGUGGUGGUACCUGAUAUACCGGACGCGCCGCCUGCGCCACCAGCCCCGGUGCUCCCUCCACCACCGCCGCCGCCACCGCCGCCACCACCCCCCAUGGACGUCGGAGAACCCGUAGUUAUUAAACGGUUCAGUUUGGUACGAAAUAUAAUAUCAUUUUCAUCAGAGAAAGUAUUGUUAUCAGGUGUUGCUUACACGAUAACAUUAAUAUACAUUGUCUGCUUGAUACUCACCUAUCUGCUUGGGGAAUCUGUACAAGCCCAUGCAUAUUUGCUGUGGGAGGCAUUUUUCUUAUUUGUUAUAUUGUUAGUAAACUUUUUGGUGGCGUUUAACGAAGAGUAUUUAUACAGGAACGAAAUACCUCAUAGAGUAAGGAAAGUCUUAGAAACAUUGGACGAAGCUGUAGAGAAUUCCAAAUGGAAGGAGAAUCACUAUCCACAUUUAUGUGCUCCAUUCUCCCCGUGUGUUAUUCUACAAUGGACAUAUAGAGAUUCUACUAUAGUAAACCUUCCAUGGGCCUUGCUUGUGGAAGGAGAUGUGAUAGUGCUGAGGCCAGGUCAGGAGGUGCCAGGCCACUGCCGAGGGUUGCAGCCAGAGGACCCUGAACAGUUCUUUGGACAGAUCUUCCAGCCUACAACACCACAAAAGAGCAACUUGAGUACCCCCCGCAUAAGGACACCGCAUCAGAAUAAAGCUUAUCGCAUGUGCGAGACUCCUUAUCUGAAGAACUUGAAGCUGGCGCUUGAACAAGCUACUAUAAGGCCGGUGACUGUCUUUGAGAAGCAAAGAUACUUGUGUACAGUAAAAAUAAUGGAAGGUAUAGUCCUACCGCUAGUGAUCUCAGUGGUAGUGAUCGCUAGCUUCGUGCGCCACGUGUACCACCUGCCCGGCGUCACGCACUGGACCGAGAUAUACUUCCUGCAGACGAUAGCUGCCUCACUGCCGCUGUUACAAAUCGUGUUCCCCAUCGCCUGGGUCACGCUUAACUGUUACGGCCUAGCUAGAUUUAAACUAUUAUCAGAAACUCGUCAGAAAUAUGUGCGACCUAAGUCUUGUUCUAUAUCGGAGGAGGCCAGUGACCCUUUAAUACAAGUUAUGAGCGAGUCCAACCUUCAGCCGGAGAGCCUCAAGUCUUUAGGGAGGACCUUCUUCAACAUACUGACUGGUAGAGAGGAUAUGGUCUGCAGAACUGCUAAUAUUGUGCAUGUCUUGGGAUCCCUGUCGGCGUUAAGCUGCGUUGACAAAAAGGGUAUUCUCUCGUGGCCAAACCCUACUGCUGAGAAAGUCUUCUUUCUGCGGAACUCUAGCCCGUCGUCCCACAACUCGAGCAAGACGAGCCUCGUGGGAUCAAUGGGACAUAACAGCGACGAACAACUAGACCCACCCACUGAUGGGAAACAAACGGCUGAACCAUCAACUAUUGUUGAGGUACUGGACCUGACGCACGACCAGAACGCCCCGUUCUGCGUGGAGUUCGACGACCAGCGCUGGCGCGCGCACCUGGCCCGCCUCAAGCCGCUGGGGCUGGCCGCGCUGCUCAACACGUGCGCGCCCGCGCCCCGGCACACGUACGCGCACUUCUGCGCGCAUCUCACCUGCGAGGCGCAGUAUAGUGAAGACUUAGUACCCGUGACAAAUAGAAGGUGUCUAUGCGAGCUCGCGAAGCAGAUCGGCUUUACCGACGCUGUGACUGAGAAUUACAAGGUCCAAGAGUGCCUCGCGAUAUUUAGACAUUUGCAAGCAGACACAAUACGUCGUGAAACACGCUUCGUCCGCUCGCUACAGCUGAGUACGAGAGUCAAAGUCCCCCUGCCUCACAUGUUGGCUGUCGUGGUCAAAGAUCAAGCGAAUCAGCUGCAGAUGUUAACACAGGGCACAGCAGACAUUAUCCUGGACUCUUGCGUGGACUACUGGAACGGUCGGGACCUGACGCCGAUCUCGCCGGCCGACAGGAAGAAGAUCAUCGACUUCUACCAGAGGAACUCGCUCACAGCUUACUGUACUGCCUUCGCCUAUAAGCCGCUGACGCGCGGCAUCGCGGCGCCGCUGUCGUCGCUGUACCUGGAGCUGCCGGCGGACAGCCGCCAGCUGUACGCGCCGCUGUCGCAGCACUGGGCCGACGCGCCCGCGCUGCACUUCCACUCCACCGAUUCCCUCUUGUUCAACGAGGUAACUGAUGACGAUGUUAAAGAUGCUGACGGCUUCUUCGAUAUGCAGUGUAAUCAGGUUUUCAUCGGCAUGGUAACAAUGCAGUACCAAGCUCAAAGUGACAUGGUGGAACUGAUAGAACGUCUAGAGCGCGCCUGUAUUCGCUUCGUCCACUUCAGCAAAGAGAACGAGCUUCGAUCGAGAGUGUUCAGCGAGAAGAUGGGUCUGGAGUCUGGGUGGAACUGUCACAUCUCACUCAUCAGUGAAGAAAACGCCAGGUGGCAGCAGUAUCCUCGGAGGCAGGGUCCUGUCUAUAGCUUGCGAGUCUAGUGGCCGAAUGUUCUGGGCGGCGAAUGACAAAGGUGUGAUAGUGAGUUACCGCAUGGACAGCGCGGGCGGCGGGCUGAGCAAGCUGCGGCGCUGCAUCGUGGGCGGCGCCGUCACGUGCCUC